CGAAUUCAAUUUCAUCUGCUCAAAACAUCUAUUUUUGCAAAAAUAUUUCAAUCCAAUGUUUGAUGUUCACUCACUUAAUUGUUGAACUGCUCCGAGUGCACUUACUUAUAUUUGUUAAGUGCACUACAUAUUUAUUUUCAGUAAUAAAAUUCAAGGAAAUAAUACUUUUCGGCGAAAUAGAUAAUUUAAUCACAAUUUAAUACAAUAAUUAACCCUUCAAAUUCACGGUCAUCAUGCCCUGGGAAGUGUGUUUUCUCUGUUUCCAGGCCCUUGACCCCACCACCGUUGAGGAAAGUAGAACAAUGCCAAUCUCAUUUCUGGGCGAAUUGUUGUCAUCGUCUGGUUCUUCUCGCAAAAAAAUUAGUCAACAAUUUGCGGAGGAUGAGAGCUGUGAACUUUGUCCAGUUUGUGCCCCCAUGAUAAGUGAAAUGGAGCAAAUCCGUGGUCAAAUUUCCGCCCUGGAGAAACUAAUUGAGGUGAAAAUUACUGAACUUCGCGAAAUUAUGCUAGCUUCUUCGGCCUCCACAAUAGAAAAUCGGGAUGACGAUGGGGACAAGGUUCACAAAUUGAGGACAACCAUACUUAAAAUGAUGGGAAAUAAUGACGACCAACAAGACGACAACAUUGCACUGGAUGAAGUGCUAAUCAAAGUCGAACAGGAUGAAGGAGAUGUGUUCCUGGGGGAGGACGAACGAUUUGAUGACCAUCAUUCCUCCUUCGCCACCGAACUGAAUAACGAGGAGACGGUUCCCGUAAAAUAUGAAGCAGGCGACGACGACAAUGACGAAUUUCCCUUCUGCAUUAAUCCACAUCCACAAAGGAAGGGAAGGGAGAGAGCCCGAAAACCUACUAGAAAAACAAAUCCACUACGAACUAAGCGAAAAAUUGAAAACGAUUCUCAAAAACGAGUCAAAAACUCGGAGAAACGCAACCCCACGUCGAAGAGGAUGAAAGUAGAAAAUAAUCCUGAACCCGAACGUCGCUCGACGCGCACUAGAACGCUAGUCCUUCCUCCAAAAGGUUGCAAAACGCUGACCGUCUCGCUUGAAAGGAUUUCCGUCCCGAUUACAAAGUCCAGCCCAGUUUCUUCCCCCUCAUCAUCACCAUUCCACGACGAAGACCUUCCUUCCUACGAUCUUGACUUAUCAAAAGAACGCUCGCCCGAUAAGAAAAACAAGCAAAAAAUUCGCCCUCACAAAUGUCCCUCUUGCCCAAAAUCAUUCACCACCGAGUCCACCUUGUCCUACCACAUUGGCCGACAGCACAGCUUUCCCUGCUUUUCUCCUAAUUGUGGCGCCGCAUUUAGCACAUAUAAGGCGAGAGAAUCCCACCGAAAGGUAGCCCACCCACCCGUUUCCACUCACAAGAGAGCUGAAAGUAGAAAAAGUUGGGCUGAACGUAUCCAGUUGGCCGAACGGGUGUUGGACUACUACAAAAAUGAGGCCAACCGAGACUCUAAAAAGACGUGGACAUUUUUCAAGCAGCAAGGAGUUCCAAAAAGUAGUGUGUACAGUUACCUGAAAUUGUUCAAGGAUAAGGAUAUCAUAACAUUCAAAAAGCCAACGGGUCGAAUACCAAGCUCGGAUUUUACACAGCGUCCUGCCAACUCUGCCCAAAUUAAUCUUCCCUUUAAAUGCUCCUCCUGCCCGAAAUCAUACGCUGGACGGAACGCCCUUUCCGGCCACAUCGCCCGUCACCACACUCAAGCGAAAGAACAGGUGUGCCACAUUUGCGGAAAAAAAUUCUACAACGUCCUGAGCUUCAGAGUUCAUCUAAGAAGUCACGACGAAUUGCUGCGUCCCCGGUGUGAAACAUGUGGAAAACAGUUUUUGCAUUCUAACACCCUCCAGACUCAUCGAAUUAGGGAGCAUGGUGAUGACCCGCUGGUUUGCGAUGAGUGUGGAGCGACUUUCGCCUCACGAGAUGGACUUCGAAGACACAAGAGGGGACAUACGGGAAUAAAGCCGUACAAAUGUGAUCAAUGUAACGCCAAAUUUGUCAAUAAUCAACAACUUAAAGCUCACCUAACAUCCCACUCUGACCAGCGACCACACCCCUGUCCUCACUGCGACCGAGCGUUCAAAUUAAAGAACCGAUUACAUUCGCACAUUAAGAGUAUCCACACCGCGGGCUAUGUGGCCCCUAAGGCGCACAAAUGCCCCCAGUGUGACAGAUCCUUUCAGUUCCCGGCCUUUUUGAAGACGCACGUCCUCCAAGCCCACUCGGGAGAGCGUCCCUUCACCUGCAACCACUGUGGAAAGGGGUUCGUUAUGAAGUCCGCUUUAACCCUGCAUUUGAAGGGGAAGCACGGCAUUGAAGUCGAGCCUGUGGUUAAAAAUAGGCAACCGAGGUCCAAGAGGGACACGUUCCACAUCGGGGUGGAAGAAGAAGAGGAUCCUUAAUUUGUAAAAAUGCGUAGUUUGUAAGAUUUUUUAGAAGUUUGUUCCACAAUUUAAGUAUGUAUGUACAUGCAUUAUUUACUCACUCGCAGAACUUGAAAAUAAAUAUUUUCACCCUAGCUAUUCAAACAUGCA